CGCUCAUUGAACCAGAAUCAGCUGACUUGAGCGCGCUUUACGUGUGUUUCCAUUCAAUGAUGGGGAGUUCUUUUAGACCAACGGACUAUUUGUCGCAUAAUAUUCACCACGUUUCUUCUCAACACGAUAAUAUGCAGAGCACGCGUGGUAAACAUAGACGGAUGCAUUCUGAGGGGUCUGCCUGUAUCACCUCAUCUUCCUGUGAUCCUCUGAUAUCAAACCAAACAGAUGCAGAUUGGAUGCCACAGUCUGCUGUGAGGAGACGAAAGUUGCCAAAGUUUUGCCUGUCCAGCGAUUCUUCAAACCAUGUGGCCACCAACGCAUAUACGCCACAACCGUCUUGGGAUCUAAAUUCUUCUGUUACAGACCUGCAGUCACUAACUGUUCCCAAAACAAGUCACUCUCCUUUGUGCGCACAUCGUCGAUCUGCUAGUUAUGGUGGCGAUUACUUUACGUUCGCAGCUCAUGAGAUUGGAGAGGCUGCUAGUAGGGCUGUAGAGCAAGCAGAAGAGUUGGUUAUCCACCUUUGGAAAAAAGGGUGGAGAGUAGUUCACCACCAUAGCUUACCACACUGGUUAAAAGACAACGACUUUCUCCUUCGGGGACACCGUCCGCAACUCCCAUCAUUUCGUGAAUGCUUCCGUUCUAUCUUCCGACUUCAUACGGAAACAGGAAAUAUUUGGACACAUCUCAUUGGUUUCGUUUGUUUUCUGAUCUUGAGUAUCUUGUUUCUAGUUCAUCCGGGUUUAAAUAUACAUUGGCAAGAGAAAAUGGUUGUCCAGGUAUUUUUUACAAGCGCCAUCCUUGCACUUGGUUUUUCAUGGUUGUUUCACACAGUUUAUUGCCAUUCAGAACGUGUUGGUAAAUUAUUCAACAAAUUGGACUAUGUUGGAAUAUCAUUACUUGUUAUCGGGUCAUUUAUCCCAUGGAUCCAUUAUUCUUUCUAUUGUUAUAAUUCAUUCAAACUUGUUUAUAUUUUGGCUGUGCUGAUACUUGGUGCAUUUUGCGCUUUUGUAUGCACGCAAGAUUAUUUUCUUAGCCCAACGUAUCGUGCAGCUAGAGCACUUUUGUUUAUUGCUCUUGGUCUAUCGGGAGUGGUUCCUUGUGUACAUUAUAUUCUAAUUGAAGAUCUUCAGGAGAAUGUCCAUUAUUCUGCACUGGGAUGGCUAAUUCUAAUGGCUGUACUAUAUAUAUCAGGAGCUACAAUUUAUGCACUACGUAUACCUGAGCGUCUUUAUCCUGGUAAAUUUGAUAUUUGGCCUAUAUCUGCAAAGAUUCUGACUUCUACAGCAGUGGCUGGAGGUUAGAAAAGAUUGGUUCCAAAUAUAACAUCCCAACUUACCCCGAAAACUACCGUCGUCUGUUUUAAGGCCUUCAAAGUAUGGGGUUGACACACCAAAAAUUACUUACGAAACGUCUAUGUGUGACUGUUCUCAGUCAAUUUUCCCUUGGACAAUCGGAUCAAUCCUUACAUCUUAGAUGUCAUCGCUAAUCCAGUUUCCUGUUUAGAUCUCCGAAAAAGAAGAAUCUUAUGGGGUAAGUAACCGGGAGUGAUAAAUGUCCUCAUAUCUUUAACAACAUAUUCGAUGGCUGGCUCUCAUAUAUACCCUUUCUCAACUUUUCUUAAUUAUAUUUUAGUAUUAUACAUUCUGUUGUUAUCAUUUUUUUAAAAGUUUUAUCCUUCAAUGUUUCUCUUUAUAUUUUUUGUGUUUUCAGUUCCAAAGUCAUCAAAUAUUUCAUGUAUUUGUUGUAUUGGCUGCCUUAGUACAUUUGAAUGGUAUUAUGGAAAUUGCUCAGCAUCGAUUAAGCAAAGGCGGUUGCGAUAAUCAACUGUAAAUGUGUUAAAAUAUCUUCUCUUUAUCCAUUUCAUUUUUAUGAAUAUUCUUACUUGCCCAGGACAUUACCAUAAUGCUACUGUGUUUGUUUAUGUAGGAUAUAAUAUAAUCAAGACUGUGUACAGAAAUGUAGAUUUUUAAUUGUUUUUUUUGUUGCCUCGAAUAUACUAAUCAAAUGUUCAAUGGUUUCUUGAGACUUUCUUAUAUUUUAUCGUGAAUUAUUUCAUUCCAAUGGCAUUUUCAGAAAAUAUCAAAUAAUUUAUUUCUUAUCUCUUUCUCUUCAUUUCUGACACACACACACAUUACCUAUGUGUAUUUAUUCUAACGUAACCAAUAAGUAUGUUUUGUUACUUAUUUAUGCAUAUGACUGCGUGUUUGCAUGCACUUUUGCACGUAUGUAAACAGCGUUAUUUUCUGUGUUAUUGUUUGCGGUUGUUUCUCGUAUCAGCAAAGAACAGGUCAUUGUUAUUAUUAUUAUGUUAGAAGGUAUUAGUUUAGUGUUUUGCCUUUUAUUUUCAAUAAAGAAUAAUCUAUUUUGUUUCUGUUUUCAUGAGUCCACCUUAACGAAUAAACGACCGUGAAAUUAUUACUGCUUAGGGAAAAACGAACGACGGAUAUACAUAUAUAUACUCAAUAGUUGUAUUCACCAAAUAUUCUUUAUAUUGGAUUGAAAUUUUUUCUAUCUUUUAAAAGCGAUAAACAUUUCUUUCAUUACUGUUUUAUGACCAAUUCACACUGGCCUCAUUUUUACAUACAUCAACCUCAAUCUUAGAAUAAUGAGAGAACGCAGAUUGUUCUAUUUUUGUGCACGAAAUUUUGAUCUAAUUUUAAAAAAAACAGUCCUCAGGUUGUCUUAUGGUAGGAUUAAGGCAUGGUGCAGAAUGUUUAUUUCGUGAAAUCAACAUUUGCUUACAUCAUCUGCACAAGUAUGCACUAAUUCUGGCGGUCAUUGUGAGUUUAUGACAGACAACUAUCGAACAAUUUCAUUAUUUUUGUGUUUACCACCCAGACAUUCAUUUGGUCCAUUGAUCAAUGCUAUUACUAAGCUGCUUUCCUCAUAUACAAUCUCCUCACUACUAUCAAUAACAGUUAUAACAAUAGUUUACCGAUAUCCAAACAAUUGUUUAUUUCCAAAUGUCAUUGACAUGAUUAUUACCGGUUUCUCAAAGUACACUGAAAACAUUACUAGUAUUAUUAUUACUGUUAUUAUUAUUAUCUAUUUUAAAGUUCGUAUAUUUUGGUAAUUAUGCCUGUUACACUUUCUCAUAUCAACUUUUGUUUUCGUGUUCAUGUUUCACUUUGGAAGUAUCGCUUUUUUUAAAAAGAAUGCUGUUCACGAAUUUAUUUUUCAGUGUCCAUAUCUUAUAAAAAAUUAGAAAUAAAACAAGCAAAUAGAUUGGAAUUACACAACUUUUUGUUUUGUAUGAUGAAUAGCUCAGGAUUGAUGUUAGUCUUGUUUAACUCUGUGUUUCAUCAGUAAAUAUCGUAAUAGAAGGUGGUUUUUAUUAGGAAAAGUUGCGAAGUUUUUGAGAACAACUUCUAGUUUCACUGUACUGUUUAGCUGCAUCUUCAGCGAAUUUCGAAAAUGAAUGUCAGUUUACAGUUUCAGCGAGGUUGUUAUUUAUUAAUUCAAACGUAUUUAAGAGUUGCAUGUAAAACUGCGUUUUAGUAUAAUAAAGUACUGC